AUGGAUGCACUUGGCUCUGAGGGCGCCAUGGAGUCGCAGGGCGCCGCCAUUCGCUCCAUCUACUACGGCCGGAUCGGGAGCAAAGUCACCGAGAAGCUGCUGGAGAUGUACGGACACGACGGCAGCUUUCUGCUGAGGGACAGCGAGACGGUGCCCGGGGCCUACUGUCUGUGCGUGAGGAAGGCGCCGUUUGUGCACACCUACAGGCUGGAGCGCGACGGCGGCGGCUGGUACCUCCAGGAUUUAAGAGGCAGACUGCUGAGGUUUGGGACCGUUGAAUCGCUGAUCGAUCACUACAGAAGCCAUCCGACCUGCCAUCAGAGCGUAGCUCCCCUCACUCUCCCUCUGGACCGAACGACGGUACCGAGGAACUGGAUUCAAGGACUCGUCUACAUGGAGAUGAACGGCGGCAGCGGCCAGUCUGGCCAGUGAGACCCCGUCGCCACGCUGACCGCUCUCGGAUCAUCUUCUUCCAUCUGUUGCUGCAGCCGAAACCUUUCCAUAUUUAUUUUUGUGUUUAAAGUUCUGGGAAGGGCUCUGAAGAGUUUUUAUAAUUUUUUAUGAUAAUUGUUUUGUUUUGCCGGUGUGUGUGGUGAAGGUGUUUCUGCCUUGAAUUGAUGCAGUGUGAUUACGGGGUGUAAUCCUCCGUCUGAUCUCCUGUGGUUUCCUCGCUGCAGACCUGCGUCCUUUAUCUGAGCUCCAUCGCUGCCUGUCUGCCAGAGACGGUUUCGGCUCGCAGCACCGACGCUUUCCUUCAGAUUUCGCAGCAAAGGGAUUUUCUGCGCGCUUCAGCUUGCAGCUCACAGCUCUGUUUUGAACCUCUUUAUGUGAGUUUUGAGCCUCUUUAUUCUCUGAAAGGCAUCAGAGAAAAAAGACGCCUUCACUGCUGCAGCAGCGAAGGAAACGGAUUGUUUCCUGCGGGACUGAUUGUUUCACCGCAAGAGUUUUAAUUGCUCGUUUUUGCACCACAAACCUCAACUCAGCAUCAGAUAAAAAAAAAAAAAAAAAAAAGCCUAUAAA